UCCUUCAUUUCCGUUCUCCAAAACCCCAAUUCUCCUGAAAAUACAAUGGCAAUCUUAUCAUCUGCCACGGCUGUCUCACCUAAACUCCGAUACCCUUAUUCCUCCCCUCUUUCCAUCCGGACAACCUCAACCACGACUGCUAAUUUUGGCACAAGACUCACCAACCUAAUUCCCUCCCACCUCUCCUCCUCCUUUCUUCCUCCUUUCCUCACAACUACUUCCACCACCACCCUCUUCCUUCACCGUCCGGGACCGGGAGGCACUUUUACUGUCCGCGCUGCACGCGGCAAGUUCGAGCGGAAGAAACCCCAUGUCAACAUCGGGACUAUCGGUCAUGUGGAUCAUGGCAAAACCACUCUCACAGCCGCUCUCACCAUGGCGCUUGCCUCCAUGGGCAACAGCGCCCCUAAAAAGUACGACGAGAUUGACGCCGCCCCUGAGGAACGCGCCCGUGGUAUCACAAUUAACACUGCCACUGUGGAGUACGAGACUGAUAGCCGCCAUUAUGCCCACGUGGACUGCCCUGGUCACGCCGACUACGUCAAGAACAUGAUUACUGGUGCCGCUCAGAUGGACGGGGCUAUUCUUGUAGUCUCAGGUGCCGAUGGCCCAAUGCCGCAGACAAAGGAGCAUAUCUUGCUGGCGAAGCAGGUGGGGGUUCCUAAUAUGGUUGUUUUCUUGAACAAGCAGGAUCAGGUGGAUGACGAGGAGCUCUUGCAGCUAGUGGAAUUGGAGGUGCGUGAGUUGCUUUCUAGCUAUGAGUUCCAAGGUGAUGAUGUUCCUAUUAUUUCUGGCUCUGCGCUUUUAGCUUUAGAGGCUUUGAUGGCUAAUCCUAACAUUAAGAGGGGUGAGAAUCAGUGGGUGGAUAAGAUUUAUGAACUUAUGGAUUCUGUUGAUAGUUAUAUACCAAUUCCUCAAAGACAAACGGAUUUACCCUUCUUAUUAGCAAUUGAAGAUGUGUUUUCCAUCACUGGUCGUGGAACUGUGGCCACAGGUCGUGUGGAGAGGGGUACUAUUAAGGUGGGAGAAACUGUGGAUAUUGUUGGUUUGAAGGACACAAGGAACACCACUGUAACUGGGGUAGAAAUGUUUCAAAAGACCCUUGAUGAAGCUAUGGCUGGGGAUAAUGUGGGGUUGUUGCUUAGGGGUGUUCAGAAGGAAGAUAUUCAGAGAGGUAUGGUUUUGGCUAAGCCAGGAACCAUUACCCCACACACAAAGUUUGUUGCUAUAGUUUAUGUGUUGAAGAAGGAAGAAGGUGGAAGGCACUCACCAUUCUUUUCUGGUUAUAGGCCGCAAUUUUACAUGAGGACUACUGAUGUGACUGGGAAAGUGGCUUCAAUUAUGAAUGAUAAGGACGAGGAGUCUAAGAUGGUUAUGCCAGGUGACCGUGUGAAGAUGGUUGUUGAACUCAUUGUGCCUGUGGCUUGUGAGCAAGGGAUGAGAUUUGCUAUCAGAGAGGGUGGGAAGACAGUUGGAGCAGGUGUUAUUCAGUCCAUCAUUGAGUGAUGUCUGGAAACUUGGGCUGGACCGCAAAUGUCAAUUUCUAUUUGAGAGAUUUCUCAACCUUUGAUGUCAAGGUUAUGCAUUUAGUUUCACCAUUUCAGGACCUUUGAGAUUUGUAUGUUAUACAGUUUGCAGUUUUGUGCCGCUUUGGACUCAUGUCUAAUUUAGCUGGAUAAUAUUCAUCCAAUGAUUCAAUGCCAUCUUCACUUUCUGUUGCUUGUGCUAUUGUUGAGUAAAAUUUUCGAGCUCCAGCUUGUUCGAGAAAAUGUUUUGUUCUUUAGGUAGUUCUUAUACUUGUAUAUGUAAGGCAGUUGUUUAUUUCUCUAGCUUGUUUUUCUCUAUAGCGUGCGUGAGGUUGUAAUACUACAAUGUCAAGCGGCUCUAAACUUCUUUUGUUCAGCUUACAUGGUUGCUCAUCGCAGCAUGCUGUCAUAAUUCAUUAUGCAUAUAGAGGACUGCAAUUGUGCUCCAUGCACUUACUCUUGUUAGCGUCUUGCAUGGACUCUUUGUACCUCAAAAGCUGGCAUGUGUAUGAUGGAAUUACUUUUUUGUUUUUGUAGAGCUUCAUUUUCUACCUUCUACAAGUUUCAACUUUCAAGGAUUAAAGAUGGCUAAUCUUUGAACUCUUAUCAACCAUAGAGUACAAGCCGUUUGGUUGCUUCACUUAUCAGCAAUCAGUGGUAGAUAGCAGGCUUUGCAAGUGGAAGAGUACUAAUUAUACUCAUUUUUAGGCGCUCUAUGACUGGCUACGUGGGCGUGACAAAUAACGUAUAUUGGUGAUUAGUGAUGGUAAUUUAAAGUUAAUAUAUAUUUAAAACCAGG